CUCUCUCUCUCUCUCUCUCUCUCUCUCUCUCUCUCUCUCUCUCUCUCUCUCUCUCUCUCUCUUUCUCUCUACUCUCUCAGCAAUGGCGUCUCUACAGCAAACUCUAUUUUCUCUCCAAUCAAAACUCCCACCAUCCUCCUUCCAAAUCGCCAGAUCUCUCCCUAUGCGAAAAGCCUUCCCAAUCCGAAUCAACGGCGGAAACGCCGCCGGAGCGAGAAUGUCAGCCACCGCAGCGUCAAGCUACGCGAUGGCGUUAGCAGACGUGGCGAAGAGAAACGACACAAUGGAAUUAACAGUCACAGACAUCGAGAAGCUCGAUCAAGUCUUCUCAGAUCCAACGGUGCUCAACUUCUUCGCGAAUCCGACGAUCACCGUCGAGAAGAAACGCCAGGUCAUCGACGACAUCGUGAAAUCGUCGUCGCUACAGUCCCACACCUCCAACUUCCUCAACGUCCUCGUCGACGCUAACCGGAUCAACAUCGUGACGGACAUCGUCAAGGAGUUCGAGCUUGUUUACAACAAGCUAACGGAUACGCAGCUGGCUGAGGUUAGGUCGGUGGUGAAACUGGAGCCGCCGCAGUUGGCACAGAUCGCGAAACAGGUUCAGAAGUUAACCGGAGCGAAGAAUGUGAGGGUUAAGACGGUUAUUGAUCCGAGUCUUGUAGCCGGGUUUACGAUCCGGUAUGGUGAUUCCGGUUCGAAGCUAAUUGAUAUGAGUGUGAAGAAGCAGCUUGAAGAUAUUGCUCAACAGCUUGAACUUGGUGAGAUUCAAUUAGCUACUUGAAUUGAAUUGGGAAAACAUAAAUUGUAUUAAGAGAAAUUGAGAAUUACUCACUUUUUUUUUUUUUUGUGCAAUUUUAAAUUUUUUUCUCUUCUUCUUCUUCUUCUUCUUCUUUCUUAUUAUUAAUCAAAUCGUAUAAUAUACUGAUGAUAUAUAAUAAUAAUUCUGAGUUUAUUAUUAUCUUUUGUAAUUGUUAAUAAGUGGAUUAAGCCAAUUUGAAAUUGCGUAA